UCAGGGGUUUUUCCUGACCGUGUCCCCGGAGUCCAUCCUAAAGGUGGCGAAGCAUGCUUCAGAUAACAACAAAAUCUUCUGCAUGAACCUCUCAGCACCUUUCAUCAGCCAGUUCUUCAAAGAGCCCUUGAUGGAGGUCAUGCCUUACGUCGACAUCUUGUUUGGCAACGAGACGGAGGCGGCCACAUUUGCCAAAGAGCUGGGCUUUGAGACAGAUGACAUUGGAGAGAUUGCAAAGAAGACCCAAAACCUCCCCAAGGAGAAUAUGAAGAGGCAGCGAGUGGUGGUGUUCACCCAGGGCAAGGACGACACCGUUGCAACUGUUGGUGAGAAGGCGGUCAUGUUCCCAGUUGUGGACAUCGAUCAAAACGAUAUUGUGGACACUAACGGAGCUGGAGACGCCUUUGUGGGAGGAUUCCUCUAUGCGUUGAUCCAAGAGCAUCCGUUGGAGGAGUGUAUCCGGGCUGGACACUACGCCGCCAACGUCAUCAUCCAACGGGUCGGAUGCACCUUCCCAGAGAAGCCCGACUUUCACUGAUGCAUCCAAGCACUGCACACUCGUCUUUUCCACAAGAUACUUGUAUAUGUAUGCUUUGGGAUUUUGUGUACAUUUUUUCUAUUUACAAUGACUGACUGCAUGGGACUAAGUGCUGCAGCUUGAAUAUUUCAUCAAGCUCGAAUAAGCAGCUCAAAUGUUUUAAUACAAUUCACAUAAUGUGCUAGUAUCAAAUAUUGGAAUAAACUGGUUGUUUAAAGGGGCA